AUGCAGCCUAUCAAGAUCUACAAUGGACCUCACGGUCAAGGGCCUAACCCUUGGAAACCCAUCAUUGUAGCUGAAGAGCUCGGUAUACCAUAUGAUAUCGUCUGGAUUCCGUACAGCGAGAUCAAAUCAGAGCCGUACACUUCUCUGAAUCCUAAUGGACGGCUUCCCGCCAUGAUCGACCCGAAUAAGAACGUGACACUCUGGGAGUCUGGCGCCAUCAUCAACUAUCUCAUCGCUACCUACGACAAGGACCUCAAGCUCACGUAUGGAGACGACAGGCUUCAGGAGAAGUGGCAGCUUCAGAGUUGGCUCAUGUUCCAGAUGAGCGGCCAAGGCCCUAUGUUUGGCCAAAAAGUAUGGUUCACGCACAUCCACAUAGAGCAGAACGUACAGACGGCAAUAGACCGCUACGCGGCUGAGGCCAGGCGCAUCAUGGGUGUGGUAAACGAUUCGCUGCGCAAGCAGAGGCAGAAACUGGGCCUAUCUGCCGACGAACCCGUCUGGCUCGUCGGCGACAAGUGUACAUACGCGGACCUCUCGUUUGUGUCAUGGAAUACUCUCCUCGGCACCGCAUUCCCCGGAGGUAGCUUAGAUCUAGAGAAGGAAUUUCCCGAAUAUUACCGCUGGAACGCCAACAUGACGAAACGGCCUGCUACGAAGAAGGUCCUAGAGUUUAGGGAAGAGGGUAUACGAACGAUGAAAGAUACCGCUAGCCAGGUUGUUGAACGGCAGAAGGAUGCUAGGAAACUGCCGACUUAUGAGAAAUCCCUGGGGGUUGACAAUUAG